GUUGUUUUAUUUUAGUACAGGGAAGCUAAUUUGCUGCCAGCUAGUGGCCAAUAAAGGAAAAGGCACCUUCUGGUUAAUUGGAUGCUCCUUAAUUAAGUAGCUUACUGUUUUAUUUUGGUUCGUUUUGUGAUCGCCAGGUAUCUGGGGUGCAUUAACUUCUUUUCUCGUGUUGAUAUUUCUCUUUCUUGAUGGCCAUCAUGUCUCCGAAGAGAGUCCCAGCGCAGCCUGCCUUGACCGUUCCACCUAAAAGGACCAUUCGGGGACCUUCUCAGUCGCUUCGAUCCCCCUCGACUGGUCACGCCUCAGGGGGUCUGCAAUCUUUGGUUUCGAGCCUGGCAGGUGAUCCAGCUGCUUUGGCUCGCUUUGCUUCUGAAGUAGAUGGCCUGAUCCAACGCUGUAGCGCCGGGCCUAGCCAGCAACCAGCGGUGACCACUGCGGCUGCAGUUUCUUCACCUUCUGAUUCCGCAUCUAGCGAUGAAAAUGAUCUGCCCAUGUCUGGUGUUUUGUUUUCCGAUUCUCAGUUUUCUCGGAAUGCGGGCUCAGCCCCUGCAUCUAGUCACACGCGGGAGGGCAGAACCCCUUCUCGGCGCACAACCGGGAGCGGGCGACGGGGAAAGGCCCCUUCUAGGCAUGGGGGGUCUUCUAGGCCAGGGUCAGCUUUGCAACCUUUACCUAGCACCUCCGUGGGUUCUGAUCAGUCACCUGCCACCUCUUCUCAGUCUGUCCCAGGCGCUGCACUUCAGGGUCCAGCAUCAGAGUCUUCUGAGGAGGACAGCCUACCUGUGCCAGCCAAGUCCUCUUCGGGCGGCACACGCCGCCACAAGAAGUCUUCCGGAACGCGUGCGAAGAGAAGGCAGAGGGACACCUCCUCUUCAUCGACAGGUACAUCUUCGCAGAGUUCAGAGUCUUGAGUCAGAGGCCUCCUCAGAAUUUUAUUGGGGUCUGGGGGAAUUGGCCUCUGGUUUCCCCAAAUGGAUUUGGGAGCGGAGGGCCAACUCCCAUCGAGCAAAAUAUGGGGCCACUCAGGAAUACUUAAAUGGGGUGUUGUUACCUGAUAUUAAGAAGUCGACUAAUUUGGCUAGGGAUGUGAUCCCAGGAUGUCACCUUUCAAAGAAGUUGAGAACUAGGAUAUUGAAUGGUCGCUAUGUUGACAUGUUCAAACUGAGCCCUCCAGUAGACAGUUCACAGGCCCAAGAGAAGUCAUUUCUAUCCUCUA